ACGGCGAAACGUUGACGAAAAUGCCAGCAAAUAUGAAAGAUUUUCAUCGGGAAGCAUUCGCAAUCUGCUGUUUCAUCAUGCUUAUGGCCAGUGAGUGCCAAGCUGCAUUGAACACGCAAAAGACUUCCUUCUCGUGUGCAGGACGACCGGCGGGCUACUAUGCGGAUGUGGAAACUGGCUGUCAGGUCUAUCACAUGUGCGAUGGCUUGGGCCGUCAGUUCAGCUAUACGUGCCCCAAUACGACGCUCUUUCAGCAGCGCAUGCUCAUCUGCGAUCAUUGGUACAUGGUCAACUGCUCCAAGGCUGAGAGCAACUAUGCGGCCAAUCUUUUGAUAGGUCAGCGCGAUAAGCCGUUUGUCAAUGAUGAGGAAAAUAGCUUGCGAACGCCCCGUCCCGAUCUGCUAGAUCGUCCCUAUGCUCCUGACUAUUCUGGCGAAUCCUUCCGGAACCAAUACAAGCAGCUGACGCCUAGUCAAAAUCAGAUACGCGAUGAUUCCGUAAAGAGCCCCGAUAAAUUUGAUUCACAGCUGACACAAAAUGGUCAAACGCGCUGGAGGAUUCCCCCACCCAGCCGCACUAUUCUCCCUCCCGCCUUUGAGCCCCAAAUAGAGCUCACCAGCAGCACGCCUCAACCACGACCCAGAGUAAGCAGCAGCACCACCACCACCACCAGCACUCGCAGACCCACCACCACGCCGGCUCCUGUGUCACACAAGCGGACGGAAGCGCUGUAUCAACGGACUGUGGACAUAGAAGCGGAUGACCUGGGCACGAGUCACAGCACGCGCUACAAUACCUCGGCGGACUUUAACUCUGCUGAGCAGCCGACGACCAAGAACUCCACCAAGCUGGUGAAGUUCAUCAAACCCCCAUCGAAGAUCUAUGAGCCUCCGUUCGUAUAUCCCAUUUACAAUCAGGACGUCCAGGAGGUGCAGCCGGUUACGGAGACUUUGCGCACAUCGUCAGCGAUGCCCUUCAGCACAGCCGCGACGCAGACCCGCUUCUCGGCGGCAGCAGCCAGACCCAGCACCACUACCAGGCCACCCAGUCGCCCCACCACCUACGCCGGACAGCCCUUCUCCCAGAGCACGGCGGCCACCACGGCGAGCACAACAACCAAUUAUCGUCCAGCUGUGGCUCAGACAGAGCAUCGAACACCCACGCCGGCGCAAGCGUUCCGCCAGACCACGCCCACCUCGACAGUGGCGCCCAGAACUGGAGGCAAGGGCGAGCUGCCCUUCAAUGACCUGUUGCCGCCAUUUGUGGACUUUGUGCCACACGACAUAGCCACGACCCAGGGACCGCCCAUCUACUACGAGUGGAAGGUGCCCGCCAAUGGGCUGGUGCCGCCAAAGCUGGAUCCGCCCAUAGGCGUGGAUGGACGCGAGUACCCGGAGACAAAGGCCGACUACAAUGUUAAGGUCAAACUGGAGAGCUUCAACUCCAAGUUCAAUGACAUUGCCAACAACAAUGCUGUGGCGGCUGCCAGUGGAGCUGCACCCAAGCGACUGCCCAGCUCGCGUUCCAUCAAGCCCAACGAGCUGCCCCUGGGGUCCACGGAGAAAGCACAACGACGCGCGGAUGUGGUCAGCACCGGCUCCGGCUCGGGCUCCAGCUCCCCUUUGACAUCGGAUAUAACACAGCUGCGCAAGCAGCUGCUCAUACCGGAAUAUGCCUUUCCGCUGGAGACCAUCGGACGGACGGGCUAUGCACCCGGCUCCAGUGUGGCCGGGGAUCUUUACAACUCAUUUCAGCUGAAGAUACCGGAACGAAGAGCCGGAAGCGGUAGCUCAUUCAGCAGCAGUUCCACUCAAGGCAGAUGGUUCGGCGAGAAUCCAAAGUGCCCCGAGUGCCAUCCAUCCUUUGUGGUGCCCGGCACCUGCGAGCCCUGUUUGCGUAGAUAGUUAACUGCACUUACACUUAAGUUCCACAUAUCACAUGCCGCGCCUACGCACCGUCCUAGUAUUAGCUGACAUAUAUUGUAUUCAUAGCCGCCCCAGAAAAUCCGCCUUCGCAUCGAUUCAUGCAUUUAAAUGUUAACUUUAUUGUAUACACUCACAGUAAAAAUAAUGCGCAUUAAAUAAGUGAGUAAAACUACGUAUAUUCAAGCAUGAACCUCGGUUCACAAUUGCUACGUUCCAGGUGGUAAGUAUGUGUGGUGCUUCCUAGAUAACGCUCACUACAGCAAUGCAAGAGUUAUGCUUGCCUAAAACGGCAGACUAACUAUAUAUAGGUAACUUCGUAAAUUCCAUAGAGAUGGGCGCCGAGAAGCCUCAUAGAUAAUUUCGUGUAUGAGUAUUUUGCGAGAGUAGCGCUGCUUUGAGAGUCUUAUCAAUAUGCUUAUAUAAAAUAUACACGUAUGUAAUUAAUUGUGAUAAUAUUGCCUGAUAUCGGUGUAAAGUGACAUGAUUAUCUCUUCAAUUAUGAUUCUCUAAAAUUCAACAAGAUUCAACUGUGAUUCGUUCACACUCCUCUCUAACUAUGACUUGAUAGUCCUCAACAAUAAAAUUUAGUAAAUGAGUUCAAUUCAUUUGAAUAAAUUGUGACUUAUUGUGAUCAAAUCAAUCUAAAUCGUGAUUCACCAUAACUCUAGCUGCUCAGGACAGAUUAUGUGAUAUUAUAUACAAGGUGCAAUUGUUGCUUCGCAACUCCGUUUAACACUCACUGAUAACUUCUCAACACUGUUUUCUAGUGCAGUGCAAUAACGACUUUAGAUUGCCUCUUAGCAAAACAGUUUCAAAAUAUCAUUUUAAUAACGUUUUUUCAUAUUUUGUCAAGACAGACAAUUUCGAAUUGUUACAAUUUGUUCGCAUUGCCCAUCUCUAAAUUUCUUGAUAUAACAGAUUCAAACAUCCUAUUUAUGUACAUAAUAAUGCGUACAGAAACGCAGCAACGCGUGCAACAUCGGUGAAAACAUUUGAUUUGAAAGGCACAUUUAAGUAAAUGCAUCAUGAGUGGACUUCAGAUUCUUCUAGUUGCUAGUUUGAUGGAAAACUUGGAUACAUCAGAGUGAUCAGAUCAAAAAUCAAUCGAUAAAACUUAAACUAAUGGGAAAGACAAUAGGAUUGGACAAAACUCGAAUAGAAACUUUUGACUAGCACUUUGUUCAGGGUUCA